AUGAAAAUAUACUGUGAAAACAAUAUCCAUCCAAACAUCCGUCGCAUUGUAGAGACUGACAAGUCAUUCUCACCAGUCAACUUAGAAGGGCAGCAAAAUCAAGAAUCACCUAAUAAUAGAUCCAGAAGGAUUGCUGCCUGUGCAGGGUCUCUACACGCAGGCCAUAGACGUACUCCAUCCAGUACCAAACAUACUGACAACAAUCCGAAUGCAAAUGCUCCUAAGACGUAUGGUUGGAAUAUACCUAGCCAAAAAGGUACGAAUGUGAACCAACAGGCGAGAAGUAGUUGGUGGAACACAGGCAACAGAAACACUCAAAAAUCUGGCAAUUCACCGGGAUUAAACGAAAGAAAAGGAAAUAUUGACAACCAACAGAGUGCUACAUCCAACCAAAGACCAUAUGGUUGGAACGUACCUGGCAAAACUAACCAGAAUCCAAGUAGUUUUCAAAAUCAAGGAACAGCAAGCAAAAAUGUUGGUGGUGGCCAUAAUCAGCGUAAUGAAGGAUUGAAAACUGUACCUCAAUCACAUUCAGGUAAUUUGGAAACCAUACAGUUGUUUCUAGCGAACAUACUUGACAAAUUGUAG